CCAAUCCGCUAGAGGCUGAAAGAGAGAAUUGUCUGUGGUUGGAAAAGUAAGAAGAGGAGUAAAGUAAAGCGUUGACAAUGUUGUAAACGGUUGAAAACAACUCGUCCUCUCUUCUUGUUUAUUUCUUUUCAUUACGAAUCCCAACAUUACAGUUUCUUCGUCGACUAUCAUGGCUUUAUCUCUCGAGCUCGCGCUCCACCGCAACAACUUCAGCAGGGCCGGAGAAUGGUGCGUUUGUUUGUUGGCAGGGCCUGGGCUGUCUGUAUCCAGAAGGCCGGAGCAUCUCCCUGAUCUCCUUGCAGUUAAAGUGGCAUCUCCCUAAAAUUGUCAAGACGACAGGCACCAAUGUAGUAACCACACAAAUACAUAAAUAGUGCAUAACACAAAAAACGGAAAAUAUUACAAAGAACUCAAGUCAAAAACAUGUCACGUCGCACAUGUCUGAAGUGCAUGUCACACCACUGGAAAGCCUUAAUCAUCAUAUCUGAUUCCAUUGAUGCAAGCAUAAGUUCUCAUUAGGUGUGCGAUCAUACCUGGUUACGCGUCCGUACAGCAUGUCUGUCCUCCUGUGGUCCAGCAUCUCAGCGUACACAUGCCAGAAGCGUAUGUUAAACCACUGGAAAACAAAAACAAGUCUGUGACCUCUGCUUCUUAUAGAGAUGCAAGAAAUUAUUUUACGAUCUAAAUCUGUAAAACAAAAACAUGGCUGUGACAUUUUAUAGAGAUACAAAAAAAAAGAAACUGAAUAUUUUAAGAUGUAAAUCAGUGAUCUCUCCUCCUCGUGUAUGGAGGUAAAUCAGUUGCAAAACUGGAGAGGUUGUAAGUUGGAAUUUGAGAACUUGUCAUAUUAAUAUUUGUAUUUGUAAAUUGAAAUUUACACUCACGACCCUGAUGUGAAAAGCUGAAUCUUUCGAUUUGCACACACAGACAAUGAUCAAAAAACCCCUGUUUUAAAGCUGAACUUGCAGAUUAAAAGUUACAAAUGUGUAAAAUGUCAUUCACAUGUACAAAAUGACAGACACAAAUGUGUGUCUUUUGCACUUUACUUCAGUUUCGCUGUACAACCUCAAGUCGGCGCUUACAACCUCUCAGAUCUGGCAGUACAAGUUCAAUUCCUGGCGCUUUGACUUUUGCUACUCUUUUUGCGAUACUCCUGUUGCAAAACUGACUUGUGCACUUGUAAACGGCAACGCAGACGCGAGAGAACAGGGGGGGGGGCGGGGGGGUUGGGGGGUGAUUGAAUCCGUUUUAUUGGUCGAUGCCUGACCAAUGAACAACGCCAGCCAGUGCGACUUGGCAUGCUGAAAAAAACAUUUUUAUGCAUAUGUAUGCUUCAUUUUUAAAACACUUGGACAAUAUUUUCAUUAAAUAUCCUGAAGGGAUUUUAUAUUGCACUAAAAAAAAAAAAAAUCGUUUAUUGGUUGGAGUCAGCCAAUGAAAUGGGACGUUUUUAUGUAUGCGAUGAUGUCACCUCAUAGAGCAGAUCGCGCCGUUUGGCGGUAAAUGUAGCAGUCUGUCAUCACGAUGGAGGCAUCAAACAAUCCCAGGGUAGGUUUUUAUUUUUAAUAAAUUAAGACAGUUUCAAAAAUCAAAUCAUUAUUAUGUUUUCCUUGACUGAUAUGUAUCACUGAUGACGACUACUAUCCACACAAAAAUAACUUUUUGCCAUUUGUUUAAAUGUGGGUGUAAAUGCUCAACAUAAUUCAUUAUUUAAGGCAUUUUCUUUGAUGUAACGUUAACGUAAUAAAUGACGAGAAGGUGAUAAGAACGCCAACGCGAAGUGUCACCAUGUUAUCACACUAAAUGGGGUUUAUUUUGAGACAAUGGCCAAUUGAUUAUGAUGUUACAUGCUGUUUAUUACACAUUAUUUGGUUAUAAUGAAGUAUUCCAGAUUGCCGCGAUGUGAUCUUUUUACUAGCUACCACUCCCCAUGCCUUUACCUAUUGAAAAUACUAAAGCUUAAUACUACAUAAAAAGCAUUGUUAGAUGAUAGAUGAAUUGAAGGAUUUACAUUUUUUUUUAUUAUUAUUGAUUUAUUCAUAUCAUCUUGGAGGAAUUGUUGUUGAACCAUUUAUUACAACGGCUUUACACACGUCUGUCACUUUGGCUGGAACGCAUUCCUCUUGACAUGGACUUCUUAGAAUUUACGUGUUCUCAGGAGCUGGUCAUUUUUAGUGCCAUCUCAAAUCAGAUACCCAUUCCAGAUGAACUGUAUGAUGCACUUUAUCAAGUACACCAGAUAGCCAUAAGAAAUACUAACAUGGAUCCACACAUCAUGGUUUCCCAAGAGAGAGGAAAAAAUGGCCGUCCACGGAUUCUGAUUUCUGAAGACUCUGUAUCCCAACUGCUUACAUUAGGAUUGCCUGUGACAUGUAUUGCAAGGUUGCUAGGGGUGUCCAAGUUUACAAUUCAUAGACGCAUGGUGGAAUGGGGAUUAUCUGUGAAGGCAACCUACAGCAACAUUGCAGAUGCAGAGCUAGACUCACUUGUGGCAACAAUCCACACAAGCAAUCCGAAUGCAGGUUACAGAAUGAUGAUGGGUCUGCUGAGAGCACAAGGUCAUCGGGUACAGUGGGAUAGAGUUCGUUCUUCAAUGCAUCGAGUUGACACUGCAAGCAUUGUUUCCAGGAUGUCACAAUUAGGAUGUGUGGUUAGGAGGACAUAUUCUGUGCCCAGCCCAAAGUCCCUGAUGCACAUUGACACAAACCACAAGUUGAUACGGUAUAACAUUGUGAUAUUUGAAAGCAUCGAUGGCUUCUCCAGGAAGAUAAUGUACCUUGGUGUGUCAAAUAACAAUCUGGCUUCCACAACACUGUCUUUUUUCCAUGAGGCAGUUCAGAAGUUUGGAUUUCCACUGAGGGUUCGGGGGGAUCAUGGAGGGGAGAAUGUAGAUGUGGCCUGCCUUAUGUUCUCUGUCCGAGGAACGGGGAGAAGUAGCUUCAUUGCUGGUAAAAGUGUUCACAAUCAGAGAAUUGAGCGAUUGUGGCGGGAUGUGUUCACUGCGGUUACCUCCCACUUCUACCAUGUUCUGCACCAGCUGGAAGAGGAUGGGCAUCUUGAUCUGUCCAGCAGUCUUCACAUCUUCUGCUGUCACUAUGCCUUUAUCCCACGGCUCCAAGUCCAUCUCAAUAUAUUUAGAGAUGGAUGGGACAACCAUCCCCUUUCAUCAGAGGGCAACCUCUCUCCUAAUCAGCUGUGGCAACUGGGGCAGCAGUACCAUUCAGAAGAGUGUGAUGAGAAUCUACAGAUUCCACAAAUUGACUGGGAAAGCAGCGGCCUUAUCCCCAGUGACACAAAUUCUGGCAUCCAGGUUCCUGAAAUUGAAUGUCCACUGAGUUCUGAGGAACUUAAUGAACUAAAGGCUGCUGUGGACCCAAUGCAACCAUCAGGAAAUUUUGGGGCAGAUGUUUACAUUGCUACACUGCAGUACAUGCAUAGUAUUGGCUAUAUGUAAGACAGUGGAAAUAUCUUUGAGAUAACCCUCCCCCCAAAAAAAGCCACAAAGAACAAGUUCUGUUUUGAUAUUUUACUGUAGAAGACAAAAUAAAUGUAUUCACUUUAA